GAAGAUUAUGACACUCAAGACAUAAUACUCUAUCUAUAUCAUAUUUUUAAGCUCUAGCCAACAUGGCUGCCAAACUGUAGGAAGCAUAUUGAAGGCUCAGGGUUUGAAAGUGCAUUCAAAAUUCUCGAAGCAUGGCAUUGUUGAAACUAAAGUUCCCCUUCCAAAAGAGGGUCCGUCUGGCCCAGGGUCUCUGGCUGCUUUCUUGGGUAGCUGUGUUCUCUGGAGCCAUAACCUUUGCCGUGGGAGUCUUCCUCAAAACUGAGCUUCAUCGCAGAUCAGAGGUGAUGCACAAUAUGGACAUCCACAUUGUGCCAAAUUUGCUGAUGGCAGUGGGGUUAGCAUCAGUGGGCAUCAACAUCUGUGCUAGUAAAGUCUGCCAGGACUCACUGGACCCCUCGCGGUUCCCGCGCUGGAAGACGUUUCUUCCUCCUUUCUUCUGCAUGUCUGUCUUUCUAGCCUCUUUGUUGUUGGUGGCCAUGAUUCUGAGCUACAUCCUGCAACCCAGCCUGGAGGAGUCUCUGAAAAUCGGCCUGAAGAACGGCAUCCGUUUCUACAAGGAUACAGACACACCAGGCCGUUGCUUUCAGAAGGAGACUAUUGAUCGCUUGCAAACUGAGUUUCAGUGCUGUGGCAAUACUAACUUCAGGGACUGGUUUGAGGUGCAGUGGAUCAGCAACCGCUAUCUGGAUUUUACAUCCAAAGAAGUGAAAGAUCGUGUGAGGAGCAAUGUGGAUGGCCGGUAUCUGCUGGACGGGGUUCCAUUCAGCUGCUGUAACCCCGCCUCCCCUCGGCCCUGCAUCCAGUACAGUCUCCUGGACAACUCUGCCCAUUACAAUUACGAGUACCAGAGUGAUGAGCUGAACCUCCACAACCGAGGCUGCCGCCAGGCUCUGGUCAACUACUACAUGGGUUUAAUGAACACAAUCGGCCCUGGUGUUCUUUCAGUUUUCCUUCUUCAGAUGACUGUGCUGGUGAGUCUGCGCUAUCUGCAGACCUCAAUGGAGGGUGUGAUGGGACAGGAGAAUUUGGAGAUCGACACAGAGGGAUAUAUCCUGGAGAAGGGAGUAAAGGAAACAUUGAUGGAGACCAAGGAGAAGGUGAUGAAAAUAUUUGAGUACGCCCAGGUGGGCGAUGCAUCCGCUACGACCCCGGGGUCAGAUCCUGAGGCAGGACCUGCAACUAAAUAAUGUGUAAAACUGGUCAUCAGAGGUGCUGACACCUUUAUAACCGUCCCUCAUCCAUCAUCAUCCAGCAAAGGCAUAAAACACGUUCUUACUAUAUUACAUUUGACCAAAUAUUUGAUGUUAAAGUCAUGUCCUCUGCUUUAAUCUCUGGUAAACCCCUCAUUUCCCCGAUGACAAUUAAAAAGUUAAAAAUCCCUCUAUUAAAUUGUACAAUUUAA